AUGUCUAGCUUAGAGGAUAUCAGCAAAAAGAUCCAAAACCUUGAAGGGCUCGUUGAAAAGCAGUCAAAAGUAAUUGCAACUACCGGCCAGAAGCUUUUAGAGAUUCAAGUCAAAGAUGUCAAAUCCCGGAUGGCGCAAAUUGAUUCAGGGUCAGGGUCCAACACAUCAAAUCAGUUUGAUGCUGCUGAUUACAUAGGUAAUGAUGAUAUUGUACAAUUGGUGACCGAAUUACAGUCGCAGUUGGAUAAUUUGGAGGAUAGAGCUACUCGUCGUACGUACAAUUCGACCUUGACAGAAGAUGAGCAAAAAUUGGCACCUUUGAGCAACAGAGACGGCGAUGAGCCAUCUUUUGCCCUUCCCUCAACGAUUAAAGAGUUCAAGACUUUGUCCAAAGCCAGAGUACUAGAGUUAGGUGUGUUUUAUGAAAUAAUUUUACCCAAUGAAGAAGAGAUCAGUGAAGUUUUGGAGAAGGAUUCAGGAAACAGCAAAAAUGAUAUAAUAGAUCUUGCUAAGAACAAAGAUAUUUCAAAGUUAGAAGACCAGUUUAGUAAUGAGCAGGUGGAUGAAGUAUUCGAUGAAUUGGCUAGAUAUUUUGGUAUCAGAUAUAGAAGGGUCAGCAAUGGCUGGUGA